AUGAAUACCGUCCAGGAAUCUCUCAAGGAGGGAUGUGACCACGCAAUGGAUCCCAUCGACGUGGAAAGACCUGAAAAACCUGCUGGUUUUUAUCCCGUCCAGGAGAUUGAUCUUGAUGCUGAAAUUGACAAUUCCCGUGUCAUUAAGACAGGUAUCGAUGUCUCUAAUCACUUGAUCUCUUUGCGAGAUGACUUCGACCCUGCCAUGACAUUUCGCAACAUGUUCCUUGCCUCUGGCCUAGCAUGCUUUGUAGCUGCCAUGACCAUGAUUUACAAGUUCAAACCAACCGAGAGCACCAUCACGGGAACGUUUCUCGUCUUGAUUUCCUACAUUCUCGGCACUGGUUGGGCCAAUCUGCUCCCCCGUGGUGAUAAAUUUGAGGCUCGUUGGAGGGAAAAAGGUGGUCAAGGCGACCUCCCUUGGGGCAUCCGUGCUUUGAAGUUUAUCAACAAUGGCCAAUGGUCUCUGAAAGAGCAUGCAAUCUGCCAAAUCACUGCUUCAUCUGCUGGCAGUGUUGUCGAUGCUUGUAUGGUUUUUGCCGCACAGCUUCUUUUCUACGAUAUGCGCCUAACUGCAACGACGAUCAUUCUCUCUACAAUCUCUAUCAAUCUCUUCGGGUAUGGGCUAUGUGGUCUCUUUCGCCCCAUUUCAGUCUGGCACCCAGAGGCGUUUUACUGGGGCUCUUUACCAAUCAUCAAGUCCCUCCAGGGGCUCCACUGGCAAGAGGUGAGAAACUCCAGGCCACUCCGACUUUUUUGGUAUGCUUUUGCUGGUAUGGCCGCAUACGAGAUCUUUCCCGCGUGGGUUUUCCCAUGGCUCAACUCAGUCUCUAUUCCGUGUCUAGCUGCACAGAAAACGACAGGAAGCACUGCCGAGGUGCUGACGAAUGUCUUCGGAGGGUCCGUCAACAAUGAAGGCCUGGGUCUUUUUUCACUGACAUUCGACUGGCAAUACAUCACUUCUGCUUCGCUAGCCUUUCCUUUGACCUUGCAACUACAUUCCGCUAUCGGAUUUGGCGCAUGUUUUCUUUUCAUGAUUGGAAUAUAUUACGGCAAUGUCUGGGGCUCAAAGUCACUUCCAUUUAUGUCAUCAAGACUUCUCACAUCCAAUGGCACCAAAUACCCUACUGCGAAGUUGUUCCCUGAUGGCGUGCUUGACGAGUCAAUCUUGCUCGAAUUCGGAGUUCCCAAAUUGGCUGGCUCAUUUGUAUGGGGUGUGUUCUGCGCUUUUGCUGCAAUUGGUGCUUUGAUCGUCCAUUGCCUCUUGUUCUGGAGUAAGGAUAUGUGGCAGACAAUCAAAAGGGCAAAGGCCGCUAAAUUCGACGAUCGCCACCACACCCACAUGAUCAAUCACUACAAGGAAGCGCCCUGGUGGUGGUAUGCGUUGGUUCUUCUUGCAAGCUUUAUUCUCGGUCUGAUCGUUGUGCUCAAAGAGGAUAUAACACUGACAGCUUGGGCUUAUGUGGUCGCCCUGAUCUUUGGGUCUACCAUUGCACCAUUCAGUAUAAUUCUCUUCUCUCGCUUUGGAAAUGGCAUUGCUACCAAUCAACUAUCGAAGAUGCUGGCUGGUCUCAUGAUUCCCGGAAGACCAGUUGGGAAUAUGUACUUUGCUGCAUGGUCACAUAAUGUCAUUGCCGGCUCCUUAAAUCUAUCCAACGAUCUGAAAAUGGGCGAGUACUUGAAGAUUCCUCCUCGCGUCAUGUUUGUCACCCAGAUCUGGGGAACUCUUCUUGGCGGCUUUAUCAGCUACGCAGUCAUGAUAUCAAUCGUGUCCAAAAACCGCGAUGUUUUAAUCAAUGGCAACGGAAACGCCUCCUGGAGUGGCGUCAAUGUGCAAUCCUACAAUACUACCGCAACAGCUUGGGCUCUUGCCAAGUACUUUUUCAAAAGUGGUGCCGAGUAUUCAAUCGUACCUAUUGGCAUGGUUAUCGGCGGUGCGAUUGUUGUUGUUCAUCGUAUCUUCUGCCAGAUGAUUCCUAAGAUCCGGAAUUUCGAUGUCCGCGAUAUCAACAUGCCCCAGUUCAUUCAAUAUGCAGGCUACAUUCCAUACAAUAGCCCUCAGACUUGCACAAUUCUCACCCCUAUCAUUGCCGGUGUUUUUGUACAGUACUAUCUCCGAAACUACCGCCCACGCAUCUUCCACGAGUACUUAUAUCUGUUCACUAGUGGCCUUGAUGGUGGAUCUUUUUUGGUACUGUUCAUCCUGUCUUUUGCUGUUUUAGGAGCUGGUGGAUCUUCGUAUCCGAUGCCCUCCUGGUGGGGAAAUAAUGUGGACGGCUACUACGAUUGGUGUCCAUCUCCUAGUUCGGAGACGUAG